AUGGGGAACACACUGUCAGAGGCAGGUGGUCCCACAGCCUGUGCUUUAGUUCACUUCCAGCAGUAUUGCCUUCUUUCUUCCACAACCAUAUCUGUGUUUCUUCAACUGGACAGUGAAACUGCUGGUUCUGCAGAACUACAACCUAGACAACCCUAAACCAGACCCAGAACAGCUAUCUUCCUCUUUAGAUUUAUUUUUUUAGCCAUAUCUGUUCCCCAGUGCUGUUCAUUCCACCAAGACAAGGAAGAAGACAAAUAACUGCUGCCACAAACAUGGGGAGAAAAGACUGAGAAUGAGCAGCAGGGAAGAGCGAUGCCUUUAACUGGUAGCACUGCUGAAGAUGAAGCACCAUGAAUUCAUAUCACUAACUCCAGGUCAGAGUAACUGACAGAAUCUAGAAGGAGGAGGCACAUUCAUCAAAUAUGGAAGAGGAUACCAAACCUCUCUUGGUUCCUGUGGGAGGCGAUGAAAGCAGUUAUGGAAUCAUGAACAUACAGUUCAAUCCAGAAGAUUUUAAGUGCAAAAGACCAUUUCAUGUGGAGCCUACAAACAUAGUCAGUGUGAAUGAUGACAUGCAAAGAGUCACUGAUGAAGCUUCAGCAAUGAAUAAGCGGAUUCAUUACUAUAGCAGGCUCACGUCUCCUGCAGACAGGGCAUUGAUUGCUCCAGAUCAUGUACUUCCAGCUCCUGAUGAAAUCUAUGUGUACAGUCCAUUAGGAACUGCUUUUAAAGUUGACAGUUGCGCAGAUGGCUAUGGUAAAAACUCCAGUAUAGUGACAAUAUUUAUGAUAUGGAAUACAAUGAUGGGUACAUCUAUACUAAGUAUCCCAUGGGGAAUAAAACAGGCAGGCUUUACUUCUGGAAUCAUUCUCAUUUUACUGAUGGGCGUUUUGACUCUUUAUUGCUGCUACAGAGUUGUGAAGUCACGCAAAAUGAUACCUUUAAUAGAUACCUCAAACUGGGAAUUCCCAGAUGUUUGCAAGUAUUACUUUGGAUCCUUUGGUCAAUGGUCAAGCCUCUUAUUUUCUAUGGUAUCGCUUGUUGGAGCCAUGGUUGUUUAUUGGGUGCUUAUGUCCAAUUUUCUGUUCAACACAGGGAAGUUUAUAUACAACUUUGUUCAUGACAUUAACGUAACAGAUAUUGUUCCUGGUACAAAUGGAAGUAACAAAGUCAUUUGUCCAAGUGCUGCUAACGGUCACCCACAACACAACAGGAGUGUGAUGUUCUCUUCUGGCAACAGUACAGGUUUUGCACUCUUUGAGGAGUGGUGGAACAAAUCACAAACAGUUCCAUUUUAUUUGGUUGCUGUUCUUCUGCCCCUGCUAAAUCUGAAGUCUCCAUCCUUCUUUGCAAAGUUUAACGUCCUAGGUACGGUUUCAGUUGUCUACUUAGUUUUUCUGGUUACUGUAAAGGCUGCUCGUCUGGGAAUCCACUUAGAAUAUACCUGGUUUACAGAGAAUGAUUUUUUUGUACCAGAGUUUAGAAUUCUGUUCCCUCAGCUCACAGGGGUUCUGACACUUGCCUUCUUCAUCCACAAUUGUGUCAUCACACUUCUUCAAAAUAACAGGAAUCAAGAAAACAAUGUGAGAGACCUCUCUAUUGCAUACUUCCUGGUGGGAUUAACAUAUCUGUAUGUCGGAGUGAUAAUUUUUGCAUCUUUUCCUUCUCCACCACUAUCCAAAGAAUGCAUUGAACAGAAUUUUCUAGAUAACUUUCCCAGUGAUGACAUCAUGUCAUUUGUUGCAAGAAUAUUCCUGCUGUUCCAGAUGAUUACUGUAUACCCACUGUUGGGCUAUCUGGCACGAGUUCAGCUGUUAAGACAGUUUUUUGGAAAUGGUUACCCAAGCAUUUUCCAUGUGCUUGUCCUGAACAUAGCAAUUGUGGGAGCUGGAGUAGCAAUGGCAAGAUUUUAUCCGAAUAUAGGAGGUAUCAUAAGAUACUCUGGAGCAACAUGCGGCCUGGCCUUUGUAUUCGUGUAUCCGUCACUCAUCUACGUGAUUUCCCUGCGUCGUGCUGGGCAGCUGACGUGGCCAGCAUUGAUCAUUCACAUCUUUAUAAUCCUCCUUGGACUGGCUAAUCUGAUUGCACAAUUCCUAUUGUGAAAACUCCCCCUUCUCCCUGUGGCUGUCACAAGUGGUACUGACAUUUGGCAACAGCCUUGAGCAACACUCACGCAUGAGAAUGAACAGUCCCCAGUAUGAUCUUCUUGAGAAAUGCUGCACCUUUUAAACAAAUUCAAAACACAUUUUUCGGGUGCUUGACAGGAAACCUGACUUGCUCCUCUAGAAAAGUUUUGUGAGAAGUGAAUUGGUUCAGAUUUGAGUGAGGCAGUUCUCCUGUUUUUGUUGAACAUACAUCAAAGAUUAAUGAAGCUCAAAUAUUUUAAUUUUUUACAGCACACUUCUCAAAACACACAGCUUUCAGCCUGAGGCGAUAGAACGCCUCUUUCCUCCAAAGGAACUGUCCUUACCUUUAUUAACAAACAUGCUUUCACAGUAUUGAUCAGUGACAGUUUGAAAUGUUCUUUUGUUGCAGUUAUUCUCCUGUUUUGUCUGGAAAAUGAAGAAAUUAUUGUCUCUCCUUUUUUUUUUUAGGUUAAUUUAUAGUCAUUUAGGGCAAAAUGCACUCUUAAUUUUGAAUAUGUUAUUAAAUUGUUUUGGCAAUAUUUUUCCUCUAGGAAUUUCCAACUAAGAGAAACAAUAAACUCAUGUCUCAGUGUUUUAUUCAGAA